GAUUCCAGUGUUCCCGGUGCUCUUUCCCUGAAUGCUGCGAUAUUCGCUUCUGUGUGUUUGGCAUCAAGGCUUCACACCACCUGGCAUGCCUUCACCACGGUGACGACAUCAUUUGAACUGUUUGCCCUCUGGCCACAUUUGAGGAAAAAUUUGAAGGUAGGCAAUUUUAAUCGGGGAUGACCUUCAGCUGAAGACUUAACACUCCUAUCUUUGCUGUUAUGAGUCUUUUUUUUAUGGUACAAAUAGUGGGGAGCUCCGCCAGAAAGGAAAUCCCUGAUGUUACCAUAGCAACGACACCGCCACUCUUCCUCUAUGUUUCCAGUGUUAACCAAAUGUCAUCCUAAAUCAAUUAAUGGCCUGUGUUCAAAGUUAUAUCUGGUCGUACAAUGUUUAGUGUUAGUCACGUAAACUUCAAAAGGUUAGUACACUUUUUAAUAACUAACAUUUUACUGUACAGAUUUAUAAACAGUCCCAUUCACUGGUACCUUUUGCAAGAUCAGACAUAAGCAUUUGAUUAGUGAAGCAAUUAUAUGUUCUAACGUUCUUUUUUUCCUCACUUAGAUGAGACACCAUGCACUUCACCAGUGGUUGAUCUUUGCCGUGACCCUGCUCUGCGUCGUGCUUCUGGGAACUAAGACCUACGUGGGGGCCAUGCUUUACUUUGUGCUGGUUGUGUUGAUAACUUUCAUCUUCCCAGCCUGGCUACUGAGUUUACAUUCACUGAAAAAGUAA